CCACCUCGCGCUACCGCGACCCCAACGCGCCCGCCACUCCCAUCGCCGACACGCCUCAAAUAAUCAGGAAGCUUUUCAGCCGUCUUUGCGCCGUACUCGAGGAGCAUCUUCACGGUCAAUACGCGGCGGACAGCCAACAUGGCGCGCAAGAGCAACGGACGCGGGUCUGACCCCUCGACGGCGGACGCCUCUGCACACGAAGACGUCGAGAUGCAGGAUCAGGACGAUAAGAUGAACGGCUUCAAGAAGUUCGGGUACAAUCUUGACACGCCCGACUACACAGACUCGGACACACAACCCAACACGACAGCUAGCAGUGUCGCGGGAGACGCGCCGGUCGACGGCAGGAAACGACGCGCCGAGGAGAUGAACAUGCGCAAGAGCAUUUAUGGAAAGAAGCACGACCGUCUGGGCGUGUCAAAGGAAGACGACACAGUACGGCGGUUCCGGUACCUCCUAGGUUUGACCGAUCUUUUCCGCCAUUUCAUCGACACGAACCCGAACCCUCACAUCAAGGAGAUCAUUUCCAGGAUCGACGCGCAAGACGCAGAGGAGGCAAGAAAAUCGAAGGCAAGCAAGGUGCGCAAGGGCGGAGCCGCUGCCGAGCGUCGCCGCAAGACCGAGCAGGAAGAAGACGCCGAGCUUGUGCGCGAAGAGAAGCAUGGCGCACACAACGAGACAGUUUUCAGAGAGUCGCCGGGCUAUAUCCAGGGCGGCACUAUGCGUGACUACCAAGUUGCUGGUCUCAACUGGCUGAUUUCGCUUCACGAGAACGGUAUCUCUGGUAUUCUCGCCGACGAAAUGGGCCUUGGAAAGACGCUGCAGACCAUUUCCUUCAUUGGUUACCUUCGCUUCAUUGGCGGCAUCAGCGGACCCCAUCUUGUCGCCGUGCCGAAGUCGACUCUCGACAACUGGAGGCGUGAAUUUGCCAAAUGGAUUCCUGAGGUUAAGGUCCUUGUCUUGCAAGGAAACAAGGACGAGCGUGCUGAGCUUAUCCGCGAUGAAUUGGUGGACGAAAAUUUUGAUGUGUGCAUUACGAGUUACGAGAUGAUUCUGCGUGAAAAGGCAGCCCUCAAGAAAUUUGCAUGGGAGUACAUCAUCAUCGACGAAGCGCAUCGUAUCAAGAAUGAGGAGUCCUCUCUCGCCCAGAUGGUCCGCAUGUUCAACUCUCGAAAUCGACUCCUCAUCACCGGUACCCCACUUCAGAAUAAUUUGCACGAGCUUUGGGCACUCCUCAACUUUCUGAUGCCGGACGUUUUCGGUGAUUCAUCCGCGUUCGACGAAUGGUUCUCACAGCAGAGCGAAGAUUCGGACACAGUUGUGCAACAGCUUCACAAGGUUCUGCGACCUUUCCUACUUCGACGAGUGAAAGCCGACGUCGAGAAGUCUCUGCUGCCCAAAAAGGAGAUCAACUUGUACGUCGGCCUGUCUGACAUGCAGGUUCAAUGGUACAAGAAGAUCCUUGAGAAAGAUAUCGACGCAGUCAACGGCGGUGCUGGCAACAAGGAGUCCAAGACACGCUUGCUCAACAUUGUUAUGCAAUUGCGAAAGUGCUGCAAUCACCCAUAUCUCUUCGAGGGUGCUGAGCCCGGUCCGCCCUACACGACUGACGAGCAUCUGGUUACCAACGCCGCCAAGAUGGUUAUGUUAGAUAAGCUGCUGAAGCGCAUGAAAGCCCAAGGCAGCAGAGUCCUUAUCUUUUCUCAGAUGAGCCGUGUUCUGGACAUCAUGGAGGAUUACUCGGUGAUGCGUGGCUUCCAGUAUUGUCGUAUCGAUGGUUCCACCGCCCACGAGGACCGCAUUGCCGCUAUCGAUGACUACAACAAGGAAGGCUCAGAGAAGUUUCUGUUCCUUCUGACAACUCGUGCUGGUGGCUUGGGUAUUAACUUGACGUCUGCCGAUAUUGUAGUGCUUUUCGACAGUGACUGGAAUCCGCAAGCCGAUCUUCAAGCUAUGGACCGAGCUCAUCGUAUCGGUCAGAAGAAACAAGUGCACGUCUUCCGCUUUGUAACGGAGGGCGCCAUUGAAGAAAAGGUUCUCGAACGCGCCGCUCAGAAGCUGCGUCUUGACCAGCUGGUUAUCCAGCAAGGGCGCGCACAACAACCCGCCAAGAACGCUGCCUCCAAGGAUGAGCUUCUGACCAUGAUCCAGCACGGUGCUGAGAAAGUGUUCAAGAGCAAGGGGCCUGUUGGACCAGCCUUGGACGGUGAAAUGGCCGACGACGACUUCGACGCAAUUAUGAAACGCGGUGAAGCAGCAACCGCAAAGCUCAACUCGAAGUAUGAGAAGCUGGGCCUUGACGAUCUGCAGAAGUUUACAUCUGAUUCGACUUAUGAGUGGAACGGUGAGACGUUUGAGCCACGAAAGAAGGAUAUUGGUCUCAGUUGGAUCAACCCUACAAAGCGCGAGCGCAAAGAGCAGAAUUACGGCAUCGACAAGUACUACCGUAAUGCAUUGGCGACUGGAGGCCGGACCGAGAGCAAGCAGCCCAGGAUCCCACGUGCGCCCAAGCAGGUUAUCAUCCACGACUACCAGUUUUUCCCGGAAAAGCUUGCAGAGCUCCAGGACAAGGAGACUGCCUGGUACCGUAAGGAGAACAACCUUAAAGCACCACUUCCCGAUGGCCCUGACGAGGACCUUGAGGCUCGCGAGGCUGAUCAAGAGCUUGCACAGAAGGAGAUCGACAACGCCGAGCCAUUAACAGAAGAAGAGAAGGCUGAGAAGGAGCGACUGAUCGAGCAAGGUUUUCCAGAGUGGAACAAGCGAGACCUGCAGCAAUUCCUGAACGGCUCCGCUAAGGAUGGGCGAUCGAACUACGAAGGCAUCGCGUUGGAAGUGGAUGGCAAGAAUGCUGAGGAGAUCAAAGAGUACGCCAAGGUCUUCUGGAAGAAGUACAAGCAGCUGGAGAACUGGCAGAAGUACAUCAAUGUUGUUGAGGAAGGUGAGCAGCGUGUUCGUGAUUCGGAGAACAAGAAGCGUCUGCUUGCGAAGAAGAUCGGCAUGUACAGAAUGCCUCUGCAACAGAUGACUAUCAAGUACACUGUCUCGACCACGAACAAGAAGGUCUACACCGAAGAGGAGGAUCGCUUCCUGCUUGUUAUGCUUCACAAGCACGGCGUUGAGGGCGACGCCAUCUACGAUGAGAUCCGCGACGAGAUACGAGAGUCGCCUUUGUUCCGCUUCGACUGGUUCUUCCUCAGCCGUACGCCUCAAGAGAUCGGUCGUCGUUGCACAACACUCAUCCAGACUGUUGUCCGCGAGCUAGGUGGGGAUAUUAGCAAGAAUGGGAAGGGCAAGCGUUCCUUCGAAGAAGAGGAGACCGAAGAGGAAGAAGAGGAGCCUGUCAAGAAGAAGAGCAAGAACGGUGUCAAGAACAAGCAGCUCGAUUCUGUGAAGGGCAAAGCCUCCCCUGCAACAUCGCGUGCCAGCAGCGUGGUGUCGACAGGCUCUACCGGCAAGGGCAAGGCGAAGGGCAAGAAGAAAUAGACAGAUCGGUACUCUACUUUUGGGUGUAGGUAUGGUGUUUUGGCGCAGAGAUAUAUGGAGUAAGGUUCAUCAUGGGAGCUCAGGUCUGGUAAAGGUGAGGCUCUUCUGUACAACACCGUAAAGGUCUGUGUUGCGCUUGUAGCGUUUUGAGCCGUACGGGCUCAUGACCAGGUUGUGCACAUUUUCUAGAUUCAAUGAAUCAAUUCAAGGCAUGUUUCUAGACCAAUCGACAGAAAGGUGGCGACGUGGCGCACGCUGGGAUGACGCCGCUUGCACCCACCAAAGCUAUGAC